AUGUCGCGGCUGAUUGUCAAGGGCUUGCCCUCGUACCUUACCGAUGUCCGUCUUCGCGAACAUUUCGCGGAGAAGGGCUCGGUGACGGAUGCGAAGCUGAUGAAGCGCCCCGACGGCACCUCGCGUCGGUUUGGCUUUGUCGGCUACCGCAGCGAAGAGGAGGCGGAGGCGGCAAAGGCGUACUUUGACCGCACCUAUAUCGAUACGUCGCGUAUCUCGGUGGCGAUUGCAAAGCAGAUUGGCGAUGAAGAGCUGCAGAAGCGCCGUCAGGCGCGUAUGGCGAAAGACGAGCCGAAGCCGAAAGAAGAAAAGAAGCGCAAGGCUGAGCCGAGCGCCUCGUCGGGUGCCUCCUUUGAAGAGUUCCUCGCCGUCAUGGCACCGAAGCUCAAGCGCAAAUCGUGGCAAAACAACGAGGACCUCGAGCAGGUGCCGGAAACCGACGAGCCGGAAAAGAAGACCAAGAAGAAAAAGACGCAAGAAAAGAAGGAGGACGAACCUGCGCCUGCACCCAGCGACGAGGCGGCCGCAAAUGAAGAACUCUCGGAUCUUGAGUACAUGCGCCGGCGUAUGCGCCACAAGGUCGCUGGUGGCGAAGAAGAAAAGGCCUUUGUGCAGUCUGAUUCCGAAGACGAAGAAGAAGAGGAAGAAGAAGAAGAAGAAGAGGAGCCCGAGGACAAUGCGCGUCGCCGUGCGCAGCUUGAAGAGGAGCAGCGCAAGGACGAAGAAAAUGUGGAUACCAUCAUGCAAUCUGGGCGCCUGUUUGUGCGCAAUCUCCCCUUUUCUGCGACAGAAGACGAGCUCGACCAGUUCUUUUCGACAUUUGGCGCUGUGCAGCAGGUCCAUAUUCCCCUGGAUGCCGAGACCAAGGCAUCCAAAGGUCUUGCAUUUGUCAAGUACCACGACCCUGCGCAUGCGCUACUUGCCUAUCGCGGCCGCAAUGGCGCCAUCUUCCAAGGCCGUCUCGUGCACGUGCUGCCUGCUGUGGACGUGAAGCCCAAGCCCGAGACGCCUGCGACGCUCAAGCAAAAGCGCAGCGCCGCGCAGAAAGCCAAUGCCGGCAAAGAUUUUAACUGGAGCAUGCUGUACAUGAACAGCGAUGCGGUCGCUGCGUCGAUUUCCGACCGGCUCGGCGUGUCCAAGAGCGACAUUCUGAACCCCGAAGAGUCAACGACGAGUGCUGCGGUGCGUCUUGCGCUGGCCGAGACGCGCAUCAUCCAAGAAACAAAAGAGUUCUUUGAGCAGCACGGCAUGCGCCUGGAGGCGCUCGAGAACGUGAAAGAGCGCAGCGACGAUACCAUCCUCGUGAAGAAUAUUCCCUAUGGCACGACCGGCGACGAGAUCCGUGCGCUCUUUUCGCGUUUCGGUGACGUUGCGCGUGUCCUGAUACCCCCCUCGAACACGAUUGCCGUGGUCGAGAUGCCGGUUGUCGGCGAGGCGCGUGCCGCCUUCCGUGGCCUGGCGUACAAGCGUUUCAAAGACUCGGUGCUGUACCUCGAAAAAGCCCCUGCCGCGUUCCUCCCCGAGCAAGGGGCGGGCGACAAAGAGACCAUCUCUGGUGUGCGUGGCAUUGCGGCGCCUGCCUCGAGCCGUUCGCUGCUCACGCCCGAGCAGGAAGGCGAUGUGGCUGCGACGCUCUAUGUCAAGAACCUGAGCUUUGCGACGACGACCGAGCGCCUUGUCGACGCGUUUCGGGCGAUGGACGACUUUGCCUUUGCGCGGGUGCAGACCAAGCCCGAUCCGAAGCAUGCCGGUGCGCGGCUCAGCAUGGGCUAUGGCUUUGUCGGCUUUACGUCGCAGGCGAGUGCACAGGCCGCGCAGCGCGCGAUGGACGGCUAUCUGCUGGAUGGCCACACGCUCGCCGUGACGUUUGCCAAGCGUGGCCACGACGCGGACGACGUCAAGCCGCAGCGUGCGCCGAGCGCCAAGAUGCUCGUCAAGAACGUGCCGUUCGAGGCGACCAAGAAAGACCUUCGCGAGCUCUUUGGCGCGCAUGGCCAGCUCAAGAGCGUGCGUCUCCCGAAGCAAGUCCACGGCCGCACGCGUGGUUUCGGCUUUGUGGAGUUUGUCUCGCGCCGCGAAGCCGAGACGGCGAUGGCCGCGCUGAAGCACACGCAUUUGCUCGGCCGCCACCUGGUCCUGGAGUGGGCCGGUGCAGAGAGCGAGGACGGUGUCGAGGACCUGCGCGAAAAGACGCGCAAGGCGUACCUCACCGACGCCGAGCGCCACUCGGUCACGGGCCAGCGGCAAAAGAUCCGCCUCGGUACAGAGCAGAUUGCCGAUGCCCUGGCCGCGGCGCAGGGCUCGGACGACGAGUAG